CUCGAACCGCCGAUAGGAGCCCCAGUGUCACUUCUGAAACGACCAUUUUUAGGCACUCGUCCAAACUAAACCGAGUCUACCCACCAGCAUGUCCGAACCCAUGUAUCGUGACUGGAUUUUGGACACGAUAGACUCACUUCGCUCGCGAAAAGCUAGACCGGACCUUGAAAGAAUAUGUCGAAUGGUCCGUAGGCGACACGGGUCAGAUCCAGAGCGCACCCGUUCAGAAUUGGAAAAACUGAUCCAGGAACAAACAGUGCUGAAAGUUAGCUAUAAAGGCUCAAUAUCCUAUCGGAACGCGGCUAAAGUACAAAGAAAAAGCCGAAAGAAAACAGAACAGUCGACGGGUGUUGCGAAGGACCAAUCCAAAAACACUAUUUUCAACAACGGCGACAGUGCGCACAGUUCCACAGAUCAGGGAGAGACUGGGGAUGCGGAGAUAACGAACGCGAUCCUGUGCCGUGACCCCGCGCUUGCCCCUCUACCCGUCGCUGAAGCCGCCCUGGUUCUGAAUAGCGGGAACAGUUGUAUGAGCGUAGGCUCGGUGGUUUAUCAGAGUCGGGUUCAUUGUGCAACAGGGAGCGACGGUGAGAGGACAAAUUCGCCGAAAGAAAAACUGCCACACACUGGAGGCAGCGGUACCUCGCCCGCCAGGGAUAAAAGCACCAUUAACAAUAAUGGAAGCGGCGCUUCUGGUGUGAACAGAGGGGCUCGUGAAGUGGAACGGGGUUUGCCUGAGCUCGAGCGCUCAAGCACAAACCUGCAAAAUAAAACUUGCACCAGUACAAAUACCAGCGGCUACCUGCGGCAGAAGCCGCACGCGCCGAUCAAAGUAAACCCCAGGGCGGGGGCAACAAGAAGCGAGAGCGAAUCUGACCAGAACAUUUCAGAUCUCGGUGACAGGUUGGUGAAUUCUGUACGAAGCCUGGUGCGGAGGAGCCGGGGCGUCGCUGCAUUAAAAGGGCACGCGCCUCUGGGUCUGAAGGAGAUAUUGGGCUUUCUGAGCUCCCAAGAGCGCCUGUCUCAGGAAAAGCUGACCCGGAGCAAAGUCAAGGUGGUUCUGGAGAGAGAGGUUGCCAGGGGUCGGCUCCGCCGGACACGAUUCGGAAACAUUACCCUGCCUGUCCGAGGAGUGGUAGGGAAGUCGCACGCGCGACUCCUGCAGAGCGCCCUCCAGCACAGACAAACCGCGAAAAAGGAGGAGACGGGGGCAGUAGCCAUGGAGACGCAGAGCAGUGAGGUCAGCGGGGCGGAAAGGCAGGGCUGCGGCCCACAGUCUGCUGGAGCCCAUGGGACUACAGUCCCUCUCUGCCAGAGGGGAGGGGAGACGGAGGAGCACGGCGGGACCAGGGAGAGGCCCAAUAUCCCCGGACUCCUGACCACCACUGUCUCAGAUUCCCUUACCUGCAGCAUUGCCCCUGUCCCACCCCCUCACUCUCCCAAAAUGGAGCCUGUGGAGAAGGAAGUGUGCGACACUGAAAGGAGUCCCACUGCACACAGGUGCCUACAGGGAGAUGCAGCUGUCCCACAGGAGGGUGGGCAGUUGCGGGCACUCUGUCCGUCUGUACAGAGAGAAAUGGCAAACGGACACAAGGAACUGCGGGUGGAGGAGAGCGCUGUUACACCUGAUCAGCUCAUCUCUGGCUGUACAAACACACAGGGGACAGAGGGAGGGGAACAGGUUACACCAAUUCCUCCUGAUGGCUGUAUGGAGUGUAAGAUUGAGGUGGGCGUGGCCUCCUGUCUGCUGACCCCCACUGCCUCCCCCAGGGACAAUGGCUUGGCUGAAGAUGGAGGGAUGAAAAGAGGAGUCGUGGUGAAGACGGAGCCGGCUGUGCAGAGCCCGCUGGAGUGGAGCGUGUCUGACGUGGCCAGUUACUUCAUCACGGCUGGCUUCCCAGAGCAGGCUGCCGCUUUCAAAGUGCAGGAAAUUGAUGGGAAAUCCCUCCUCCUGAUGCAGAGGAAUGAUGUGCUGACUGGCCUGUCAAUAAGGCUUGGCCCCGCCCUCAAGAUCUAUGAGCACCACGUGAAGAUGCUGCAGAAGGCCCAUUUUGAGGACGACAGUGCUUUCUGCUGACCGGACACCCAGCAGGCCCUGCCGCUCCCUCACGGACACACACACUCGCACGGCUCCCGACGGCUGAUCCGCGCACCUGUCUUGCCUUGCGUGCUCUCGACCGACAGCCAUACGCUUAAGUGAGUUAAGUAUGCAUGGGCCGGCCAUACUCGCAGUCGGAGCGUCAUUCUCGUUGCUUACCGGCUCUGUUCUGUGAUGGGAACCGCCCACUGCACGUUGAGUGGGCGAAACGCCGCUCUGUUUGGUUGCGUAGCCUUUUCGCAUACAUCGUCUGAGUUUAGAGUACAGCUGCUGCCUGGCCUGCUGCUGGGCUCUGCACGCGGAUGGCGCACGAGGCUGCGUCUCUCUGGGUCACACCCACACAGCCCUCCAUGUCUCCCAUAGUGGAUGUCCACGGACCGGAACAUGUCCACAGGGGACAUCGUGACAUGCCUCUUCCUGCCUCAUAGAUAAUAAUAGUCACUCUCUCCACCUCUGUAUUUGUCUCCCUGGGACUCUCUCUGUCUUGUUGUCUUGUCCCCCCCCCCCCAUGUGGAUUGCAUACUCCUUAAUUUUACUCCCCCAAUACAGUGACAGAGUCCUCAAGAGUCAUGUAUCCCAUUUAAAUUUGAGGCUUCCCCUACUGCCUCUCUGAAGUAUGGUGAUUGAAAACACAUUCCCAAUAUCAUUUCUUUAAUGUACUAAAAAUAUAAAUUUUAAUAUACUUUAAAUAUACUUUGAAAUAUCUAGAAAUGUUUUGUUUUUUUUAACUGAAGGAAUUCUAAUGGAUGACAUGGUCAAGAAGACCCCCCUAGGGGGAAUUCCAGUAAUCUGUCUCCAUGUAGUCCUGUUGAGGACUUUAAUCACUUCAGUGUGGUAUGACCUGGGUAGCCUGAUUGUCACCUUGAAUGGUCUACAUGCUCUCCAUGAAUUUAUCUAAAGCAUGGUCGGUAUUUAUAUCUGCAUACAUGAUUUUUAAUGGUAUCUUCAUUUAAUAAAUACAAAUGGGUGCCCAACUAUUACCAAGCCAGUUCCCACAAUAUUGCAUUACAAUUGUCAGCAGAGCAAAUUCAGCACACAUAGACCCAGUUUCACACACACAUUAAGUGUAGUCCUGGACUAAAAUGAGUUUUGUAUGGAGUAUUUCCAUUUUAAAUUUAGUGUAGGGCUAUGCCAGCCCUCCCACCUACCAUAGUAAUGUAAAGCUCACUGGCCAUUUCAGACAGUGAUGUCAUGUCAGAAUCUGUCAUCAAUAUACAGUAGCGAAUCAAUUUGUUCCUCUUCAGUUUACCUAAAAAAUUGUUUUUCUGUUAUAAACUUUGGGAAUGUAGGUAAACUGUUGCACUGUAAAAUAUUACCCCCCUACUGGUCAAAGGUUACAGUUUGCCUACACAGUGCCGUACACAUAGAACAUUGACUUAGCUUGUUUGUCUUUUGUUGAGACUUCACACUUUGGGGAAAAUAUGUGUACUAUAUAUUUGUUUUCCUGUGUUUUUGAGCUUUUUGUAAAAGAAGUAUCACAUUUUUAAAAAUAAAAGAUUCAUGAAAAAUUGAA